UGGCAGUUGGAAUUAUUACAUUUCACUGUCGCUUGUUUUUGUACUCAUCAAAAUGAGGUGUUGUUACGUUUUUCUUUUGAUAGUGGUAGUGUGUACUACGAUCGCUUCCUCCGAAUUCAAGCCAAAUCCUGAUGUCGACGAGCGUUGGGAACGUUUUAAGGUAAAAUUUCGAAAGACGUAUGCAAAUGAUGCUGAAGAACUGAAAAGACGAAAAAUUUGGGAGAAGAACAUCGCCAACAUCGACAAACACAAUGAAGAGUUCAAGGAAGGCAAGCAUUCUUACACGCUGGCAGAAAACAAAUACGCUGACAUGACGAAGGAAGAAUGGAAAAAUCAUUUCAAGGGGAAAAGACCUUCGAAGAAACCAAAAAGGAAGAUUGCUUAAUGACACGUACAGCGACAGCAAGGAGUAAUAUGGCUAAUGGUAUGAAGAAUAC